AGUGCAUAGUGUUUUCCUCCUGUCAUUCCAAAAAGGAAUAGCAACCUUGUCUAUUAGUUUAGAUAUAUAACAGGUGUCGGUAUAUAAAUAGCAUACACGAACAUUUAUAAUAAAUGAAUCUUUCUUAAUCCGUAAUUAUAUCAUGAAACGCGAAUUACGUGUAUGUAUGUUAAUUGCUGUAAUCGCCUACGCAAAAUAGAUAGCUAUUCGAUAUAAACGCGAUUUCUUAUAAGCUAUAAAGAUGGAGCAAAUAAAGGUUCCUAAGGUAGAAAAUGUAAGAAUGUUGGAUAAAUAUAGUAUCAAUCAUUCUAUUGGUACGCUUUAUCUAACAGUGACACAUCUUAUAUUUGUUGAGAGAAGUGGGAAGAAGAAAAUAUGGGUAUUAUAUACGCAUAUAUCUAAUAUAGAAAAACAACCAUUGACUACAAGAGGAUCGCCAUUGUAUAUUAAGUGUAAACAUUUCUUUAUUACCACAUUUGUUAUUCCAAAGGAACGUGAUUGCCAUGAGAUUUAUCUCACUUUAUUGAAAUUAUCUUGUCCAGCUAGUCUAGAAGAUUUAUAUUGCUUCAAUUAUCAAGGAAGUGAAGAUAUGUUACCUAAACAUGCAGGAUGGAAUUUUUUCAAUGUACAAAGUGAAUUUCAACGGCAAGGUGUCCCAAAUGAAGAAUGGUCACUUUCAUAUUUAAAUUCUAAUUAUGAACUUUGUGAUACUUAUCCAAGGUACUUAUAUGUUCCUAGUAAAAGCACUAAUAAUGUUCUAUUGGGUAGUGCAAAGUUUAGAAGCAGAGGAAGGUUACCAGUUUUAACUUACUUGCACUCAAACAAGGCUGCCAUUUGUCGUUGUAGUCAACCACUUUCAGGAUUUAGUGCAAGAUGUCCAGAGGAUGAAGAAAUGAUGUAUAAUAUAUUAUGUACAAAUCCUAAUUCAAGAUACAUGUAUGUAGUAGAUACAAGGCCACGAAUUAAUGCUUUUGCUAAUAGAGCUGCAGGAAAAGGAUACGAAAAUGAGAAUUUCUAUGACAAUAUUAAAUUUCAUUUCUUUGGGAUAGAAAACAUCCACGUGAUGAGGACAAGUUUAAAUAAGCUUAUGGACCUACAAAGAUCGACUUCCAUGAGUGCGUUUUUAAGUGGUCUAGAAAGCAGCGGUUGGUUGAAACAUAUUCGCUCCAUCUUGGAGACAGCUUGGUUUAUCGCACGGGCAGUUUCAAACGGUGUAAGCGUGGUUGUGCACUGCAGCGACGGAUGGGAUCGUACCGCGCAAGUGUGCUCUCUGGCUGCAUUAUUGCUAGAUCCAUUUUACAGAACUAUUCAAGGUUUUCAAGCUUUAAUAGAAAAAGACUGGCUAUCGUUUGGUCACAAAUUCAGCGACCGGUGUGGCUACGUCAGCAGUGACGGUAAAGAACUCGCUCCAGUAUUUACACAGUUCAUAGACGCAACGUACCAGUUGUUACGACAGUAUCCAUACAAAUUUCAAUUUAACGAAUAUUUCCUGCUGACGUUACACGAUCAUGUACAUAGUUGUCAACACGGCACGUUUAUCGGCAAUUCGGAGAAAGAAAGGCAGAUAUUAAGAUUAUCUGAACGUACGUAUUCGUUGUGGGGUUACUUCGCGAAUAACACGAAUGAGUAUAUAAACCCGAUCUACAGAUGCAGUCGUUAUAACAGCGACGACUCCACCGAUGUUCUUCAACCUAAAUUGGCACCCCAAUCUAUCGUUCUUUGGAGGGGCUUGUACUUCAGAUUCGAGAACGGUGUACACCCGAGAGAAUCGUGCGAAGACUUGCUUUUAUCAAUCUACGAUCACACCAGCUCCUUGGAAGAUCAUGUGAAGCUUCUAUUGAAGCAAGUCAAUUCUCUGGGGCAACUUCUAAAUAUAAAUAACACGCAAAAAAAAGGAAAGCAUAAGUUCGACAAUAAAUUCAUGGAGACUCUGCCGAAGACCAUAAUCGAGAAUACCGCGAACCACGAUGAAAAGAUGAAGGCGAAGUUAAAAAUGAAUCAAUUGGAGAAUGAAUUGAAGACGGUCGCUUUGGAUUGGAAGUCGUCGCGAAAUAUGGAAGAAUGCGGGUGCUCUACCACAUUUGAUGCUUUUAAUAAAAAGCAUCACUGUUGGUCCUGCGGCUGUGUGUUGUGCACGAGGUGUAUGGCGGUGCACACGAAAUUGCCCGGACAUUUGUCGCAACGUGCCGUGCCCACGUGCAAAUCAUGCCAUCAGAGCUCAGCGAUAAGCUCUGCUAGUCAAUGGCUGCGUUCAGCGGAAUGAGACGCUUCGCAGCCGAUCAAUGGGCGUUCAAAACAGUUCGAAUAUUCCGCUGAAUAUUCGUGAAUUGGCCACUUUGGUCAACGUGUCAUCAGGAAGAAACGUGGCGAUCACGAGUAGACAUUAUUACCGCGGAGAAAUUAGUGUCGUUGUUUGGUUAAAUCAACUCGCUGAGAGCGAUCGCGUCGUAAUUGCGUCCUGUUGAACGAAAAAUGUAUUUUAUCGUCGACGUGUAUCUACAGUCUAUAUUUACUCGCGCAAUGUCUUUUAUGUGAUUUAACAAGGAAGCGUAGCAUAUGUGAAGCAAUAUUACAUUUCGACUAUUUAGCUCCUUUAUUUUUGUCUCUUUGGAUUUUAUUUCACGAUCAAUCGAUACAAAUAACGUAGUACCUGAUUACAUUUAUAUGUACCUUAUAGAUGGACUUAUUCUUAA